GAGGGAAGUUGUCUCCGGAGGCAAGCAGGGCAGGCCGGAAGUGCCUCAGUCUGGGUGGCUGGGUGGCGGAGCCGUUGACGGGUGCGCCCACGCGCGCGCGCGCACACACACACACACACACACACACAACCACACACGCACACACGCACACACGCACACACUCUCACUCACACUCACACACACACCGGAAGCCGCUGGUCAGAGGCGGAGGCGGCGGCUGACGCUGAGACCGAGGUCGAAGGAGGCCGCCGCGCCCCCUGUCCCCCAGUGUCAGUGUCCCUCCCACUGCGGGGCCGACCGGGCCGGUCGCUAUGGAGCCCGGGGCGGCGGAGCUGUACGACCAGGCGCUGCUGGGCAUCCUGCAGCACGUGGGCAACGUCCAGGACUUUCUGCGGGUGUUGUUCGGUUUCCUUUACCGCAAGACAGACUUCUACCGCUUGCUGCGCCACUCGGCGGAUCGCAUGGGCUUCCCCCCGGGGGCGGCCCAAGCCAUGGUGCUGCAGGUCUUCAAAAACUUUGAGUACAUGGCUCGUCAAGAUGAUGAGAGGAGAAGAAAGGAACUUGAAGAGAAAAUGAGAAGAAAGGAAGAGGAGGAGGCUGUGGCAGUGGCAACUGCUGAAAAAGUGCCAGCCCCAGCCCAGGAGGUGGAGAUAGACUCUGCCAUAGAGUGUGGCCCUGCUGCAGGGGCUGGUGGGCAUCAGGAAACAAAGAGGGUGAAGCCCCCUGCCCCUCCUGGGGAUGAGCAGGAGGCAGGUCACAGCUCUACAGAGGCAGAACCUCCAGCAAUAGCUGUUGCUGAUGUUCCAGUUGAACCACCAGUCCUUCCCAAGAGACAGGAGCAGUUCCAGAAAAACCCCGACAGUUACAAUGGUGCUGUACGUGAGAAUUACACCUGGUCUCAAGACUACAGUGACCUGGAGGUUAAGGUGCCAGUGCCCAAGCAUGUCCUGAAAGGGAAGCAGGUAUCUGUGGAUCUCAGCAGUAGUUCUAUCCGUGUGGCAGUACUAGAAGGGAGUGGGGAACGUGUUCUUAUGGAAGGAAAGUUCACCCAUAAAAUCAACACUGAAAGUUCUUUAUGGAGCCUUGAGCCAGGGAAAUGUGUCUUGAUUAAUCUGAAUAAGGUUGGAGAGUACUGGUGGAGUGCUAUCCUGGAAGGAGAGGAGCAAAUUGACAUUGACAAAAUAAACAAGGAACGUUCAAUGGCGACAGUGGAUGAAGAGGAACAUGCCGUACUGGAUAGACUCACCUUUGACUACCACCAAAAACUACAGGGCAAACCCCAGAGCCAUGAGCUGAAAGUCCAUGAGAUGCUGAAGAAAGGAUGGGAUGCAGAAGGCUCCCCCUUCCGAGGCCAGAGAUUCGACCCAUCCAUGUUCAACAUCUCCCCAGGGGCUGUGCAGUUUUAAUGACAAGAAGGAAAGAAAACUUACUCAAAUCAAGCUCUUGGACGUAGAGGAUAAGGCAGAGAAAGGCCUUUUUGUGUGGGCUCUUUCCCUCCUGCUUUUCCUCCAAGGCUGUCAUGCAUGCCUGGGACUCAUCUUGUCCACCCCUGUAUCCAUCUUUAUUUGCAAGGGGUGUUUGGGUACCCCAACCUCCUCCGUCCUCCCUUCCUGUCUGUUUCAGGGAAGAAGGGGGGGGAGUAGAGGGAAGGUUAAUGCAUAGCAACUGCUAUGGCUGAUGCCAAGUUAGAAUAUUUGUUAUGCAUGAGGGAGAUGUCCUGGCAAAUGCAGGAUUACAUACUCCCGUCACCACGGUAACCAGCCACCGCAAGCUGCAUUUUCUUUCCUUCUGUGUUCUCUGCUUGCUGUUGUUUUGAUGCGAUUCUGCUCAGUUCUCUUUAGGGGGUGGGGAGGGAGGGUUGGGGGGGAGAAGGGGAGUUGCUGUUGCUGGGUUUUUUCCCUGCAGUUGUUGGAGUGAUUUGGAGUUGUGUGACUUACAUGUGCUGAUGAGAAGCAGCUCUGUGAUGGCUGCUUCAGGCUGUGCUGUUUCAGGAAGCCCCUUAGUUUGGCCUUUUGUUUAAAAAUUCCACAUUCAGUCUUGCUCAUCAAUUUGUCAAGUCCUAUUUUUUUCCUGCCUUUGGGUGCCUCCCAGGCACUAACAGUAAAGAGUUGAAGCUGCCCCCACAGUGGCAGAAACCUGCCUAGUUGGGAUUCUGGUGUCUUUAUUUGUUGCUCUCUUAUUGAACAAGGCCCAGAUAUUGGAAGGAGGUGCAAGUUCUCCCAGAAAAGAUAAGCUGCAGGUAGACAUUUCUGUCUUGGGAAAGAGUGCAGGAUAGAGCUGUCUAAUCAUGGCAUUUCUGAGGCCAGGGAAGAUUAGGCCAGUGCCCUCUGUUCGUCCCAGUGUUGGCCAUGCAUUCUAUCCCACUCUUGUCUGAGUAAUGGACUUCUAGCUGCCACUCUUCUUCUGUGUUUAUCCUGAAGUCUCUUUUCAGCCCCCAUAAUCCACAACUUAUAUUUUGUUUACAUACAUCUCCUGGAUGAAUGUCGAGCUCAGUGGGAGGCAGGAUAGUCUCUGGGAACAGGGGAGAUAUUUCAGCAUACAAUGAAUGAUAUGUUUGCCCUCUGUUGAAAGGCACAAAGCAGUGGAAAUCCUCAAAUGAUUAAUGGGUAGCCUGCAUAGGAUAUCAUUGAUGCCCUCAAGGGUUCCAGUUUAAGCAUUGCUGUCCCUGAAGAAUAAUUGCAAAAAGGGUAGGAAUAAGGAUGCUGGCUCCCAUGUGCUGAGCAGACAGAGGCAGAAAUGUCAGGAACUUGGUACUCUCAAAAUCCUGCUCUGUUUGAGCUGGCUUCAGUUUAUAUCUUUGUUCCCAUCUGUUCCUACUAUGCAACAGUGGUCACUGCUCACUUGGUUACUUAAGAGAAAGAAUCUUAUUAUUAACACCUGAAGAACAACCGUCUUGCUAAUCUGUGCUAUUGACAGAUAUGGGAACUGCACUUUAAAACCUGCUUACAGGUGAAGUGGGCCUGCUGACUGUUCCUUCUGAGGUCUAGGAACACGUACUCAUUAGUUCUUUGCUUGUCUAGGGACGUUUGUUUUUCAGCGUUCCUUAGAAACAGCAUAUCACUGUUAGCUCGAAAGAUAUAAACAUAGCCCACUUUUGAUUCAGUCUUUAUCCCCAUCCCAUUUGACCACCACUGAGAAAGCUAAGCCUUCAGAUUCACCUAGCAUUGCAUACCUGGUUAACAGAUAAUCCAGGAACAUAAAUUAUAUCAAUUUUUUUUUCUGAUUUCCUAGAGAAAUGUCUCUUUACUUUAGAACCCCACCCCAAUUUAUGGUCAUCCAUAAUGAAUACCUACAUGUUAUUAUGUGACCCUUUUCUGAGAGAAUAAUAGGUGGAUUUUUAUGGGACAAGCAAUUCUUCACGGUGGGUGAGUCCAGCAGCCAAGUAGUGAUCUUACUGAGUCUGUCAUUUCAGACUCAGCCGCUGACUUACAACUUAUUUCCAGCCACACUAUUUCCUUGGAGUUGUUAUAAGAAAGCUGUUCAACUCUCAUCCCCAGGGAACUUUCCAUAGGACAUGUCACUUUUUUCUGCAGAAAAGAUCAAGGUCAACCUCUUGAGGUAAAUGGUGCAUCUCUUCAGAAUCAGAAGUGUUAAGGUGUCCAGGUGGUGUUGGGGGGCAGCAUCAGCUCAUUCCAAACAAUCAGAGACUCCUAAAAAGUCUAAGAGAUAUCUUCUCAUGGGGAAGUGAUGGUGGACACCACCAUGUUUUUUGGGGGGCUAGUCACUAAGGCUAUGGUUUUUAUGAAUCAGAACAGAACUGUUCUCUAGAAAUACAGAGCAAAAAAAAAUGAAAACCCAUUGCCUAUUACGAAGGCCUUGUGCUUUGAAACUUGCUAAAAUGCCAGGGUCUCCGCUCAUUUCUCUCUGAGUUCACAUGAAAGAGAGUGAGGCUAGUACACCCUCAUUCCAAAGUAGCAUUUCACAGACAGAAUGCUCUUUGUUUAAAGAUUCCUUUAUUUUUAAUUUUUAAUGAUGUUUAUAUGCACCUCUUGAACCUUUUUGUCUAUCUCUGGCUCUUCUUAGCAUGUUUCUGAUUCAUAGUUUUGCCACCUUCUUGAGUACCCAUAGUAUAGGAGCUUUGCAGAAGGGUAUAUGUGGUUUGGCUAAAGCAGGGACAAUAGAUAAUCUGUCCAUAAACUACUGGAAGAUUUUUUUAAAUGAUUCACUUCUAUUGUAAAUGUUCUUCUACCCAGGGCAUCAUUUGGUAGUGCCCUAAUGUGGCUCAGGUCUUCUGUCUUUUUGUUAGGAAGUAUCAAAUGAUAGAAGCUCUACUAGCAUGCCCCUAUUAAAAGAAAUGAAACCACUACACAAAAAUAGGAACUUUUAGGGGUAUUUAAUUACAUUACAGAAGGACUCACUUUAAGAUUCCUUGUAAUAGCAGGCUUCUCUGGUGCAUGUUAAGUGACUAGACUUGGAAGACUUAGACUUAGACCCACCUUUCCAGGAUAUGCAUUAAUCUCAUCUGUAUUUUUAAACCUUCAUCCUCUGCUCUGUAAUGAUUUGCUGUCUCUCUUCUUAAACGUGUGCCCUACCCUUUGUGUCCAUGUGCCAGUCCAGCCCUCUAGAGUCAGUGCAUACUACCAGUUUUCUUUGUUUUAGAACCGACAGCAGCAACUUGGCCACUAAGUUCCACCAACAGAGAUUCUGAGCAGAGUAGGGCGUGCUACAUCCUGAGGCCGCUCUCCUUCACACACUCCACAUUUCUGUGUUGGUUUGCAAUAAAUCUGUAUUUAAGCA